AUGGAUGAUAAUGCAAUGCCAAACGCAACUCAGACGAAGAAAACAAGGAGCAGCCGAGGUCGUCAACGGAUCGAAAUCAAGAAACUGGAAAACGAAAGCAAACGCCAGGUAACCUUCUCCAAAAGAAGAAAAGGGUUGUUCAAGAAAGCAAAGGCGCUUUCGACAUUGUGCGGGGUUGAAGUCGGCAUUGUCACCAUAUCGAAAUCCGGAAGAUUUUACGCGACCGAUAACAUCGAUGCGAUUCUCGAAACGGAGUCGUUGUCAUUCAAUAACGGCAUGGGAGAGCAACGUGUUAAUGGUGAAUUUGGAUUGGAUCAGCCGAUCGAGAAGUUUGCGCCGGAGAAGCUGAUGGAGUACGCUGCAGCGCUUAGGGAAUUGAGGGGGAAAGCAGCGGUUAGAUUGGAGGAGCUUAGCGUCCAACCUUCUUCUUCUGUAUUGCCAUUCGUUGCUGGUCAACAAUCUUCUUCGUUAUUGCCAUUCGUUGCUGGUCAACAAUCUUCUUCGUUAUUUCCAUUCGUUGCUGGUCAACAAUCUUCUUCGUUAUUGCCAUUCGUCCCUGUGCAGGAUUCUUCUUCAUUAUUGUCAUUCGUUCCUGAGCAAGAUUCUUCUUGUUUUUGGCCAUUCUUUGCUGUUCAAGAUUCUUCUUCUUUACGGCCAUUGCUUGCUGAAGAAUAG